AUGGGACAAGGACGAGUGCUCGUUAUCGCGGGGUCGGACAGUUCGGGCGGAGCUGGACUCGAGGCGGACCAGAAAGUCAUUGCCGCUCAUGGCUGCUACGCCAUGACAGCUACCACGGCUCUCACUGCGCAAAAUACGCAGGGCGUGAAGGGCAUUCAUGUCAUUCCCACUGAGUUUGUCUCACAGCAGAUUGACGCUUGUGUUGAGGAUGUUGGUGUCGAUGUCGUAAAGACUGGCAUGCUGGCUUCUAAAGAGACCAUAGAGAUGGUAGCAAAAGCUGUUGUGAAACAUAACAUCUUAUCUCUUGUUGUAGACCCUGUCAUGGUUUCGACUUCUGGAGCCACACUCCUCCCCAACGAAGCCAUUCAGUAUCUAUGCAAGCAUAUUCUGCCACACACCACAGUUCUCACACCAAACAUUCCCGAGGCAAUCCUAAUUCUUUCUCAAACCGGCCUGAAAGCCCCUGAUGUUCGCGGUGUCAAAGACCUCGAGGCCAUAGCGCAGCAGAUUCAGGCCCUGGGUCCUAAGUGGGUGCUCGUCAAAGGUGGACACUGUCCUAUGAAGGAAGAUCUGACCGUGGCUGAGCAUGAGGAUGAUAAAUCUGUUGUUGUCGAUGUGCUUGUGGGAGGUAAUGGAGAGAUUGUCAGGGUUAAAAGCCCAUACCAAGCAAGCUCGAGUACUCAUGGCACGGGAUGUUCUCUAGCGUCUGCUAUUGCAUCCAACUUGGCCAAGGGACUUGAUACGCCCCUGGCUGUUCGCUCAGCCUGUCGAUACAUUGAAGCUGCGAUUCGAACAGCCCCCGGACUGGGCAAGGGGCAUGGUCCUCUGAACCACUUUCAUUCGACAUACUCCCUUCCAUUCGCUCCUGGCUACUUUAUUGAGUGGCUUCUCGAGCGUCCUGAUGUUCGGGAUGUCUGGAAGGAGUUUGUAUACCACCCCUUCGUCAUGGCCAUGGGUGACGGGACUUUGCCUCUCGAGUCAUUCAAAGGCUACAUCAUCCAAGAUUAUCUCUACUUGAUUCAUUUCUCACGUGCUAACGCUCUCGCCGCCUACAAAGCACAAAACAUCGAGGAUAUUUCCAGGGCAACGGAGAUUGUGCAGCAUAUCAUGCACGAGCUAAAACUCCAUACAUCAUACUGCGAGAGUUUUGGAGUCUCCAUCGAUCAGAUCCGUGCCACACCAGAAAAGCAGGCCUGCACCGCAUACACCCGCUAUGUUCUCGAUGUUGGCCAAAACGGCGACUGGCUCGGACUUCAGAUGGCCCUUGCCCCGUGCCUGCUUGGCUAUGGCGCAGCUGCCAAGAUGUUACAGGACCAUGAGAAGACUGUGCGUGAAGGAAACACAUAUUGGGCAUGGAUCAAGAACUACAAUGAAGAGGAUUACACCGAUGCCGUGAAACUGGGCUCUGCCCUGCUCGAAAAGCAUAUUCAGCUGCAGUCUCCUUCGCGUAUCGAGGAGCUUGUGCAGAUCUUUAUCCAUGCUCUCAAGAUGGAGAUUGGGUUCUGGGAGAUGUUUCCUUCCAAGCAGACCUAA